GAAGAUGACAAAGAUGCUGCAGUUGUGGUCACAGGUAAUUCCACAAAUUUAAAUCUUUUUUCCAAAUUGCUUACAGCAUUUAAGAGACCUGUAACACAAACUGCAUAAUUUUAACCCUUCUGUCAGUUUUCUUUCUUAUGGUAAAUAUCUCAAAAGUGGCUUACUUGAUUAAAAGCUAAUUCAAUGUUUUUUUUCCCCUCCCCUCAACCAUACAACAUCAAUAAGCGGCGACAUGUGAGCUUCUUAAUGUUUAUUGACGCAAUAUACAGUAUUGCUUACUGUAGCCUAGCAAUAGCAUUAUGCAUAGGCCUAUGUUGUUUUUUUUGCAUAUUAGUGUUUAGUUUUUAUUAUUUGUAUUCAUUGUUAUUCAUUGUCUUUGUUGUUUGUUGAUGUAAUGAUGUUGCUGUGCCUGUGCCUCUAGGAUAGGACGAGUCUUUACUUUAUUUGCACUCUAAUGUUUGUCUUGCUUGUGGCAGUGAUAAAAUAUAGUUUCGACGGCAGUGUACAUACGUCUAGAAUGGUACGUGUGAAUAAAUUGACAACAAAGCCAACUUUGACUGGAACUCCUUCAUGUCCUCCAUCAGCUAUGCGGGCCGCCUUGCUGAUUCAGCGCUGGUACAGGCAGUAUGUGGCUCGCAUGGAGAUGAGGAGACGAUACACAUGGAACAUCUUCCAAUCCAUGGAGUAUGCUGGGGAACAGGACCAGAUCAAGCUUUAUAACUUCCUGGGCUACAUGGUGGACAACUACCACCCAGCAAGCAGUGAAAGGAACCUGAUCUCCCAUAUCUUCAGAGAGAAUGAGGUGUGUCGGGACGCGGAGUGGGAGAGAUAUUUCUCCUACGAAAACAUUGACGUCCCUGAGAUCUAUUCUGGCCCACGGCUCACCUUCCCACUGACAGUCAGUGUAGUAGAAAAUCUCGUGGAAGCCUUCAAGAAUAAGCAGCAACUACACUCGCGAUAUGUUCUUCAGCUUCUCUUGGAGACCUGGAAACUUCUCAGAGCCCUGCCAAAUGUCAGCCGAGUGUCAACCUGCCAAAGCAAAGAGAUCACUAUCUGUGGUGAUUUACAUGGACAAUUGGAGGAUUUGUUAUUCAUAUUUUACAAGAACGGCAUGCCGUCGCUGGAAAGGACAUAUGUUUUUAACGGAGACUUUGUGGACCGAGGCAAGGACUCCAUUGAGAUUCUCCUCAUCCUCUUCGCCUUCUUACUCGUGUAUCCAGGCGACGUACACCUCAACCGGGGGAACCAUGAAGACCACAUUAUCAACUUACGGUAUGGAUUCACUAAAGAAGUACUUGGAAAAUACAAGCUACACGGCAAAAGGAUUUUGAAACUGCUUCAGAAGAUUUUCAGCUGGUUACCCUUGGCAACAAUAAUUGACCAGAAGGUGCUGGUCGUGCAUGGCGGCAUCUCAGAUACCACUGACCUGGGACUACUCACUAAAAUCGACAGACACCGAUACAUAUCAGCUCUGAGGCCACCAAAGAAGAAGAGCCCUGCAGCACAGUCGUCUCUCGAUUCAGAGUGUGACAACGACUCAGUUGUCGUCACUUUCAACAAGAGACGGUCCUCCGUGCACAGCAACAGCGUGAGCCUCUUUGGCCCUCGCGAAAGUUUCCAGAGGCGCUCCAUACAGGAUUUACGUCUGUCUGUCGAGGAGGAGGGGGACCCACAGACACAGCCAGGCUCAGGCCCCCAGCCCAGAGGCUCCAUUCAGCCUCCACCCCAGGCAUCCCUAGAUUCCUCGGACGCCAUCAGCGUAGUGGAAGCUGUUGAUGACGAGUGGAAACAGAUCCUGGAUAUACUGUGGAGUGAUCCAAUGCCUCAAGACGGGUGUUUGCCCAAUGAGCUGCGUGGGGGAGGCUGCUACUGGGGCCCUAACGUGACGGAGGAGUUCCUGACCAGACACAACCUCCAGCUCAUCAUACGAUCGCAUGAGUGCAAACAGGAGGGCUACGAGUUCUGCCACAACCGCAAGGUUCUUACUAUUUUCUCUGCAUCCAACUACUACGAGGUUGGGAGUAACCGGGGAGCCUACAUCAGGCUUGGCCCAGACCUAGUGCCUCAUUUCAUGCAGUAUCAGGCCAGUGAUAUGACACGGGAGCUUUCUCUCAAGCAGAGUGUUGGAAAAACGGAACGCGCUGCUCUGAAAGCCCUGAGAGAACAGCUGUUUGUACAUAAGACUGAACUCAUCAGUGCCUUCCAAGAAUAUGACAAAGAAAACACAGGCCUCAUUGGCCUGAAUGACUGGGCCAAAGCAGUGGGGGCGGUGCUGCACAUGGAUCUCCCCUGGAGGAUGCUCCGCUCCCAGCUCAUCGUUCUGACUCCAGACAACAAGCUCAACUACAUCCGCUGGUUUAGGGAGCUGGCCAUUAAGGAACCCAAUGUAGAGUCUGUAGAGCAGACCAUUUUAGAGACCCUCUACCGGCAUCGGUCCACUCUUGAGACAAUCUUCAGAAUAGUGGACACUGAUAACUCAGGAACCAUUUCCUUUGAGGAGUUCCGGGAGACGUGGAGGCUACUGGCCACCUAUCUAAAAAUGGAAAUUUCUGACGAGGCCAUUUCAGACCUGGCAGAGAGCAUUGACACCAACCACGACGGCAGCAUUGAUAUUGAGGAGUUCAUGGGAGCUUUUCGUUUGGUGGAUAAAAAUCGUCUGGAGCGUGGGCGCAGUGUAUUUGCUGCUCCCGUAGACGAACCUCCAGAGGAUGGGAGCUGAUGCGGAGAGGGGAGUGACAUUACUGGGCCCUACGAACAACCAGCUGCCAUUUUUUCUGAGGCUUACACCUCUGUCCAUAUAUUUACAAAUUCACCAGCAUGUGAUUUGUAAAUGCUGAAAAUUGUUUUCAAUACCUAUAUUUAUGUAAAUCUAAUAUAAAUUAUUUUCAGUAUUACCAUGCUAUACGAUUUUGUUUUGUUUUCCGUUAAACAUCUCAGCAUUCAGCUGUAACGCAAGAAGGAUGAGGUGCACCUGAGCAAGACACCUAAAAACCAAAACCUUUCCUUGUGUACUCGAUUGACUGAUGCCUUAGGAUAUGUAUUAAUCUGAAUAUGUAAAAGAAAACAUCACUUUGAUGUGGCCUAAUGGUUAGGAGUUGGUUUAGGUAUCAGAGGGUUGCAGGUUUGAGUCCCACCAUAACCAGUAGGUUAACAGCUGAAGUGUCCUUGAGCAAGACACCUAGCUCUACAUGGCUCCAGGGACUGUAACCAAUACCCUGUACCUAAAUAAAUAAGUCGCUUUGGAUAAAAGCAUCUGCUAAAUGUCAUUUACUAUGAUGUAAUGUUUAUUAUCUGUAUGCUAUGAGACUAAUGAGGACAAUGUAGUUCUCCUGUAAAUAUUAACAAAAUACUCAGCUGGCUUAACUUGAUUUUUAAAAUCGAUCACCUCCGUUGGUUAUCCCAACAGUUUGUGCAACGUGUGUGUGUGUGUGUGUGUGUG